GCGGUCAGAGCCCGGGAAGCUGCUGCGCGGGCGAUGGCUGCGCCGAGCCCGGGGCCACGCGAGGUAGGUGCUGACCCGAAAGAGAAAGGAGAGGGAAGGGUUCGGGGGCAGGCGCCGGCCCACCCCAUCCAUAGCGGGGCGGACACUCCCCCUAUCCGAACCAGGGAGGGGCCCUGCACUGGGUGAGGUCUAGGACACGCCCCAUUGUGGGCCGCAGGUAUCGAGGAGGGGCUCUGACAGGUAGCCCCCGAUAACUUCCUCAAUUUCCUCACUGGGAAAAUGGAGAUGGUAAUAAAAGCCCCUCCCUUAGAGGGCUGUUAGGAGGUCGAGCUUGCAGACAGUGCUGGGCACGUGGUGGGUGACCACUACUACUAAUGGGUCAGUUGGUAUGAACUCAGCCUGGUGCUGACCCUCGGCUCUGAGCCUGGCCCACACUAGCAACUCAGCACAGACGAGUGGAAUAGAUGACUAAGCCACCAGCAUCACAGCUCCUAUUAUCUAAGGUUCCCGUGCAAAGAGCUCAAACUCAACAGUAACAACAGUUGUAAUACCUGCCUCGAAGGAGUUUUUAGAAUCCCCAUUUUACAGAUGAGAAAAUGAGGCACAGAAAGGUUAAAUGACUUACCUAAGGUCAUACAGCUGGUGAGAGGCCAGUCUUUGACUGCAGAACUCUACCUACUGAUAAUAAUACUAAUGGUAAUAACCAUCACUCUGUUUUGGGUUCUGACUGCAUGCCAGGCACUGUGCAGCCCCUGGAAACACCUUAUCAGUUUGGCACCAGCAUUAUCUGUAUUUUACAGCUGAGGAGACUGAGGCAGACAGAGAUGAGGGGAAGGCUCAUGAGUAGUGGAGGUGGGAUUCGAACCUGGGCUGUCCAAAGCCUGGGUCUUGCUUCCUGUACCUCCUUCCACCAGGUCCUGGCCUGCUCCCCAGAAGCUGGACGCAGAGCAGCUGCUGCCUCAAGCUCCAGCCGCCGUGGCCUCCUCUGGCGCUUGAGAGACAAGCAGUCACGUCUGGGCCUGUUUGAAAUCAGCCCAGGCCAUGAGCUGCACGGGUUAAUGUGCAUGAUGCAGGCAGGGCUGUGGGCUGCCACCCAGGUCGCCAUGGACCACCCACCCACGGGGCCGCCCAGCGAGGAGGAUUUUUCAGAAGUCCUGACCCAGGUUCAUGAGGGCUUCGAGCUGGGCACCCUGGCGGGCCCGGCCUUCACCAGGCUGCGCCGCUCUCUAGGCCUGGCUGAGGAGGACUAUCAGGCUGCUCUGGGCCCUGGCGGCCCCUACCUGCAGUUUCUCAGCACCUCCAAGAGCAAGGCCAGCUUCUUCCUGUCCCAUGACCAGCGCUUUUUCCUGAAGACACAACGGCGCCAGGAAGUGCAGGCGCUGCUCGCCCACCUGCCCCGAUACAUGCGGCACCUGCAGCGGCACCCGCACUCGCUACUCGCACGGUUGCUAGGAGUGCACAGCCUGCGAGUGGCGCAGGGGAAGAAGAAAUACUUCAUCAUCAUGCAGAGCGUCUUCUACCCGGCCGGCCGUAUCUCCGAGAGGUAUGACAUCAAGGGCUGCGAGGUGAGCCGCUGGGUGGAGCCAGCCCCCGAGGGCAGCUCUGUCGUCCUGGUGCUGAAGGACCUCAACUUUCAGGGCAAGACCAUCGACCUGGGGUCCCAGCGGAGCUGGUUCCUCCGCCAGAUGGAACUGGACACCGCCUUCCUCCGGGAGCUCAAUGUGCUGGAUUACAGCCUCCUGAUGGCCUUCCAGGGUCUCCACGAGGAUGAGAGGGGCCUGGGCAGCAGUCUCGUCUUCCGCAUGGCCAGGUCUGUGCAGGGGACACCGAGCCCGGAGGAGCUGAGAGCCCAGAAUCGCCGGCUGCUGCCUGACGCCCCCAACGCCCUACACAUACUAGACGGGCCUGAGCAACGCUAUUUUCUGGGCCUCGUGGACCUUGCCACAGUCUACGGGCUCCGCAAGCGGCUGGAGCACCUGUGGAAGACGCUGCGCUACCCAGGACGGACCUUCUCCACCGUCAGCCCAACUCGCUACGCCCGUCGUCUCUGUCAGUGGGUAGAGGCGCACACUGAGUGACCAGAGCCUGGCCACACUCUCCCUAUCUGGACAAUGGGAGCAAGCCAGGAGCGCUGAUUCCAGCCAGGGCGGGCAGCAGGGCUGGCUCCCCUUGCCUGCUGUCCCUCCCUCCUGAUGGCCACCAGAGAGCAGCAUCCCCUAACUAAUACUAUAACAACACCACCCCAUUAGAUGGUGAUGCUGUGACAGGCAUUGUGCCAAGAACUCCCCUACACUAGCUCAUUUAAUCCUCAAAAAAUGCUAUUAUUAUUCUCUUUUUACAGACCAUGAAAUGGAGGCUCGGGGCUGAAGAACCUGAGCAAGAUCAUUCAGCAAUAAAUGCUGGAGCCAGGACUUGAACCCAGCCAGGCCUUUUGAAUUCAGGAGCCUGUAUUCUUAACCACCAGCUCCCCAAACCCUGUCCUCAUGCUCUGGGGAAGAGGGGAGGCCAGAGGCUCCAAACUCCUUGUCCAGAUGGGGAAACUGAGGCCCAGAGACUUUAAGGGGCUUACCCGUGGAUAAGCUGCAAGCCAACCAAGAACCCAGGCCUCCUGCCCCCCUGCCCCCCUGCCCCGGAUCAAUCCCCCCUAUUGGAUGGCUCACUUCACUCCAGCUCUAGGAAUGCAGCGGGGAGAAGGUAGCGUAGUGGGGGUGGAGAGAGUCUUGGGGUUCUGGGGAGCGUUCUGUUAGAGUCCCCUUGAUCUUAAGUGAGAGCUACUGGUCUCACCCUCCGAUCUGCCCCAACUCUGUGCAGGGGACACUGAACCCAGAGGAGCUGGGAGCCUCACUUUUCUCAUGUGUGAAAUGGGGCAGGAGUUGGUGGUCAGACCAAGUGCCCUGGCCAACAGAUAUCACAGGGAGUAUAAGCAUGAAGUGCCUGCGAAGGCCCUGAUUACUCAUUUUCCCCUUCUCCAGGGAACUCCAGCCCAGCCUCUGACCCCAUCUAGUCUGACCACACCCAAGCGGGCUCUUCCUCCAAAGCUGCUCUGAGGCCCGGCUGUGUGACCAGGGCAAGGUGCUAAACCUCUCUGUGCAUCACUGUUCUAAUCUGUAAAAUGGAAAGGAUGAAAACGAACCUCAUUAGCUCAUUAAAUAUAUAUUGAACACCUGUCACAUGGCGGGCCCUCUGCAGGGCAAUGCGACAUGUUGUUGAACAAGAUGGACAGACUCCACCUUCUCAGAACUCGUUAUCUGGGGUGACAGUGACAAAAACAACCUGGCAUGACAAUGCCUCAUGAAGCUUUGCUGGGUGGUGUUGGGGAAAGGGGCUCUCAUCUGUAAACUGAGACCAGAAGAGUCAGACAUCCCUGGGAGGGUUCCAGGUUGAGGGCAGAGCCAAUGCCUGGGGUGAGAGAAAGCGUGGCAUUGGAGAGAAAGAAUUUCACUGCGGCCAGUGUGCAGAGUGGGAGGGGACAGUGUGGUGUGGGUGGGGGCUGUGUCAGCUGAGAGCUGCCCCCUCGCCCCGGACUGGACAAUUCAGAAACUUGGGAAAGCCACUUAGUCAUACCAAAUGCUGCCAUGCCAUUGGCCUUGAGUUACCCCCAAAGAAAAAUGGCUGAUGGGUAAGGGGGCGGAGAGGGAAGGCUUAUGCUGUAGGCUGCUGGGAUUUCCUAUUGUCUGGGUGACCUUGGGCAAUUAACCUCUCUGAGCUGACACAACAAAAGGGAAAAUUUCUUGUUCUGGCGCAGCAGGAAGUUGAAACACCAAGUGCAUUAAGCUCAUCACUCUGCGUGGUAGGUUCCAUGGAAACUCAGGGGUGGCUGUGCCUCAAGGCAGGGACUUGGGUGGGGCCUCAGAUGUCCCUGUGGUCUGGAUUGGACAGGCUGAGUCAGAGCCCCAGAGUCCUGUUCUCAUAGACGGGGAUGACUCAGGCCUGUCUCCCCCCUUUGCCUCUCUAGCAGUGGGACUAGGCAGAGCCUGAGGCUAGAAAGGGAAAUGACUUAUCCAAGACCUCAUGGGCAUAGGACUUCUGACUUUCCUAAAUCCUUCAUUCAACAGACAUUACCUAGCACCUUGUGUGUGCCAGGCACUGUGCAGGUUUUGGAGGUGCCCGUGAGAACAUGUCUGGUCUGCUUUUUACCAUGUGGAACUUAAGAGUCUAGUGGUGGGUGGAUCAUAAACAAGGAAACCAAUGAAUACGCAGGUUGACAAAUGCAAUGAAGAAAAUAAAUGGAGGAUGUAGUGUUGGACAGGGUAGUUGGCAAGAGCCUCUUGAAGGAGAUGACAUUUGAGCUGACAGCUGAAUGACGAGGAGCAAGACAUGUGAGUAGAGCUGUCCAGGUAGAGGAAACAGAAAGAACAAAGGUCCUGGGGUGGGAAUGAAUUCCGUGUGCUUCAGAGGUCAGAAGGGCAGCCAAGAUGGGUGGAAGGUGAUGGAGAGGAAGGCAGGGCUCAGACUUUACAGGGCUUUGUAUGCUGGAGUAAGAAGUGCAGGCUUUUUUUUUUUUUGUAUUUUAGGUGAAAUUUUACACAAGUUAGGUUUGCAUUUAACAUUUUAUGCAAAUUAUUCCAUGACAUUGGUUACAAUUUUCACAAUGUCUCAGCAUUCUCAUUAUUUCCAUUUUGUUCUGUUUCCAUUGAUCUAGCUUCCCUUCCUCUCCUUGCCGUCUCAUCUUUGCUUUUGGAAAAAUGUUGACCAUUUGGUCUCAUAUAUUUGAUUGUUUAAGGCAGCACAUUACUCACUGGCAAUAUUGUUUAUUUUAUAGGCCAAUCUAUUAUUUGGAUUAAAAGGUGAUCUCCAGGAGUGGCUUCAGUUCCAAAUUCAAAGAAGAGCUUAGGGCAAUAAUCUUGUGAGUUCCUCUAGUCUCUGUCAGUCCAGUAGGUCUAGCCUUUUUCAGGAAUUUGAGUUUUGUUCUACAUUUUUCUCCCAUUCUAUCCAGGACUUUCUAUCAUAUCUCUGGUUAGAAUGGUCCAUAGUGGUAGUCAAGCACCAUCUAGUUCUUCUGGUCUCAGGUUAGAAAAGCUGUGGUUUGUGUGGGCUAUUAGUCCUGUGGACUAGUUUCUUCUUUGAGUCUUUGGUUUCCUUCAUUCUCUUUUGCUUGCUCCAGAUGAGUAGAAGCCAAUAGUUGUUGAAGUGUGGGCUUUGUCUGGGGCUGCAGGUCUUCCCACUCUCGGUUCUACUGUGGAUGUAUGAUUGUCAUCUGCUCUGGGAGACCAGGCCAUUUUGGCAUGCUCUUGUCUUCGAGUGACCCUAGCAAGGAAGGAGUUUUUUCUCUGGGAAAAGAAUCGUCACCUUACCAGCCAUUGUGGAUGAUGAAUGAAUCUGUUGUCCCCUUGGGGCUUAGCCUAUAAGGAGAGAAAUUUGAAGGAUGAGAACUUGGAUGAGGCUAGAGGGACCCUGGCUUGGGGACCCACUGUCUGUCUUGCCUUGUGUGAGUGAUGAGUCACAGACAAAGCGUGAGCUUGGACCACUGCCUCUGAGGUGCACCAGGCUGGGGCUCAAAGGACGUGGAGGGUUUGUGUUCAAAGGAGGCCCCAGGAGCAAGUUUGCUGCAGCAGGGCCCCUCCCCUGCUUUGCACAGGGUGGGGAGAAGAGCGCAGCCUGGACACUGGGCUGGAGGGUUUGGCUUUGGACCUGGAGCAGGGGAGCCUUGGAAGGCUGCCGAGCCAUGGAUGGGUGCUCUAGCAUUGUGCCCAUACCUAAGCCUCUGCAAAAAAAAAAGGAAAAUGGAGUUUGAAAUGAGAGCGGGUGCAGAUUAGGUGAGACUUGAAUGGAUGUAGCCUGGUUUCCCAGGCCAGGGCCCUGCAGAGGGAGGUGGGUGUGGCAGGGGUAGUUGGAUGAGCUUCUCUGGUCCAUACAGCAUUCUGUUAAAAAAACCUUUUAGGUGGGGUAUGUGCUCCCCACUUCACCAUCGGACCCACCCCUCCCUAUUGCCCUACAUCUAUGCUUUUCAAUUCUUUCUGCUACCAGCCUGGUCCCUGAAGGCACUGAGUUUGAGAUCCCUGAGGGACCCUGUCUGAGCCUUCGAAUGGGACACAUUUCAGCAUUUGCCAGGGCCCUGGUCUGGACCGGUGUGGAUUUUGUGGACACUCUGGCAAACGGCCUUUGGGAGGUGAAAGCAGGUAGUAAGAGCCCUGACCAGGGUUUGAAUCCGGACUGCCACAAGCUGCUCCUCCUAUGGGGCAGAUGCUAUUAUUAUGCCCACUUAAAAAACAAAAAGAAACGUCCUCCACUUGGUUUCUACUCACAGCGACCCUGGAGACGGCAGCCUCUGGGCUGCUGUGUGUGACAGAGCAGACCUGCCCCACAGGCUUCUCUUGGCUGUAAUCAUGGGAGCAGAUCAGCAGGCCUUUCUUCUGCACCACUACUGCGUGGGUUUGAACUGCUGACCUUGAAGUCAGUAGUCGAAGGCGAACCUUUUAGGCCACCCAGGGACCUUGCCUAAUGCCAAGCCACUGCUUGAUUUCUCUACCCAGCCCCCGAUUUCUGAGAUGGAGAAACUCAAGUACUGAUGGCCUGACAGCUACUGGGCCGCGGCCCCAACACCUUCCAACACUUUCCUCCGCUGUCCCCCAGGGAGAAAUAGCGGAAGGCCAAAAACAGGGAGGUGCUGGAGC